AAGAUAAGCUAAAGCCCUGCUGCGAUGCUUUUUCCUCAGGGGAAGAGGAGGAGAAGAAUGCCGGCAAUGCAAUCGGACAUGGCCUCACCAAUGCCACUAAUCUUGCGCCACUCCUCCUAUUCCUCCGCUGCCGCUGCCUUGCGUUCCUCCACCUUGUAGACACACCUCAAUCCUUGCCUUUGGAAACUAAUUUUGUCGCCACCCAACUUGUGGGAACCUCGCAACCAUUCGGCGAUGGCAAUGGCGACGCACAAUGUAGCAGCGCUGUGCCGCACAAGGGUUCCGUUGCUUGCAGCAGCAUCCGUGGUUACCCACCACGGUGUUUUCUUCACCAGUCGCAGCAUUAGAAUCGUGCCCAUUUCCAGUUUCACUGUGGGGUUGGGCGGGUUUUCUUCGGCUUAUUCGAGCUUGGUGGGGCAGAGGUUGUUGUCGUUCCAGCAGACGCGACCAUUUUCCUGUGGUAGAGUGAGCAUGGCGCUGAAGAGUGGCAUUGUCGGUCUUCCCAACGUGGGAAAGUCCACGUUGUUUAACGCUCUUGUGGAGAACGGUAAAGCCCAAGCAGCGAAUUUCCCCUUUUGCACGAUAGAGCCCAAUGUUGGUGUGGUAGCUGUGCCUGACCCGCGGUUGGGUGUGCUUUCUCAACUUAGCAAGUCUCAGAAGACUGUGCCCACGUCUGUUGAGUUCGUGGAUAUUGCUGGCCUUGUCAAGGGCGCCAGCCAGGGGGAGGGUCUCGGGAACAAGUUUCUGUCGCAUAUUCGUGAAGUUGACUGUAUUGUCCAGGUAGUUCGGUGCUUCGAGGAUGAUGACAUUGUACACGUCAACGGGAAAGUGGACCCUGAGGUGGAUAUUGACAUCAUCAACCUAGAAUUGGCAUUUGCAGAUAUGUCCCAGAUUGAGAAGAGGUUGGAGAGGCUCAAGAAAGGAAGGGCGAAGGACCCUCAGGUCAAAGCGAAGGAAGAAAUAGAGAUAGAAGCUCUGAAAAGAAUCAACGAGGCGCUGUUGAACGGGAAGCCAGCAAGGAUGGUACCUUUAUCAGAGGAGGAAAACAAAGCUGUGUUACAACUUUGUUUACUAACUAUGAAGCCUGUGAUUUUUGCUGCCAACGUGUCAGAGGCAGACCUUGCGGAUGCAUCAGGAAACCCUCAUGUUGAUAAGGUUAAGAAGUGUGCUGCUGAUCUUAAUGCAGAGGUUGUGGUGGUAUCAGCUCAGGUAGAGGCGGAACUGACAGAACUUGACGCAGAAGAGAGGACAGACUAUUUGCAGUCAAUUGGCGUCACUGAAGGAGGACUAGGCUCACUUGUGCGAGCUACAUACAAUCUGUUGGGAUUGCGGACAUACUUCACCUCUGGAGAAAAGGAAACGAGGGCAUGGACCAUCUUAGCUGGAAUGACAGCACCACAGGCUGCAGGGGUAAUCCACACGGACUUUGAGCGUGGCUUCAUUCGUGCCGAGACUAUUGCAUACGACGAUUACGUUCAGGCAGGAUCAUACCCAGCUGCAAAGGACAAGGGUUUGAUGCGUGCAGAGGGCAAGGAUUACAUUGUGAAAGAGGGCGAUGUCAUGCUGUUCCGUUUCAAUGUUUAAACAUCCAUAGCAAAGACUUUUUCCUCAUCAUAUUACAUAGCGUAUCAAUUCAUUCUCGGGUGAUUCUAGAGUAGUGAAGGAUAUUCCAUCUUGUCAAACUAGGCAAAGCUGCUGCUAUUGCAAUUUUUAGUACCUUGCGCAACUGCUUUCAACCUUGCAGUAGGCAAGAGAAGAUAGGUCGUCAUAACGGUUUUGUAGCCCCUCGAAGAGCAGUCUUCCAGUCUUAGCGCGAUACACCAGAACACUCAUAUCUAACAGCCAGAACUUAGAGAGCCAGUCUAUCACAUUCAUAGAGAAUAUUUAUCAUAAAACGAACUAGGCAUGAGUUGAGCAUUGCUUAAAUCUUUGAUUAUGAGCAUUAAGCAGUUACGAUCACUUAAAAAUAUAGGUAUUGAGACUUCAUUUUGUUAUGCAAGCAGAUGUUUGGAGCCUAUCAUGGGAUUUAUCAAAUGCGUGGAUCUUCACAAAUUGAAAUUA